AUGACAGCCGAUGUACAUAUCAAAGGGUUAGGCGAUUGCAAAUACGUUGUACAGCUUCGCAAUGUUCAAGUCACCGAAUCGUACGAUAAAAACGAAGAAUCAGUUUUAAUUGGAGAUAAUGAAAAAGAAGUUGAAAAUACAAUUGUUCGCUUUCGUUGGUUAGAUGGUUUAAUUGUUUUACUCGAAACCGAUCAAUCAGCCAAAGUUGAGAUUAUUAAUUUUAUUAAAGGUAUCUUGAGUAUAUUACAAGUGACAUCACCAGUUGUAGCUGAUGGUAUUAGUAUUGUUCGAGAAGAAGAUAUCCAUGGUGUUUGUACAACGCGAUACAGUUUCGACAAACAAGAUGAUAAUACAGAAAUCAAUAAAGAUAAACAAUUAUCAACAUGUGCGAAGGAUAAAUUAUAUUUAAGUGCAAAUCCUGCUCUUACAACACUUCUUGAACCAUUCGUAAUUAAAUGUAAAACAGUUAUCAAAAAUGCUCAUCAUCCAUAUGAUGAAGAUAAUGAUUCAUUCGAUGAAUUAUUGAAAUAUGAUGAUCUGAUGGGAAAGAAUCAUGAAGAGGAAAGUUCAAAAGUUGUUUAUAUCAAACAGGAAAUGACAUUACAAAGUGGCAUAGUAAAUAUAGAUAACGAUACUCUGAAAAAUGUUAAUCUUCAAACGUUACAAUUUGUACCGAGUGCCACAUUCUCUCGUACAAAUGAGAAGAUUGAAACAUUAAUAUCAAAAAUACAACGUCUAUUAAAUUCUAAAGAUUGGGAUCAAUUUGCGGCAUCACAUUUUCUUGAAAUAGCCAAUGAAUUAAGACGAAUGGACAGAAAUAAUUUAAAUUUAUUUAUAAAAAAUUCCCAACUAAAACAACUAGUAUCAACAUUCAUGAAUACAGUAUAUGCUCACGAUCCAGCCGCAUCGUUGUUAAAUUUAAAUCAAAUAACAUUGAAAUUCAAUAAUCCAUUGGCUGUACAUUACAUUGAUAAUCCAUCAACCGAUUUAGUUGAUCAAAUGAUACAGGGUGCGAGAAACUUGAAUACAAAUCAAGUGGAAGACUUUGUGGGACCAGCAGCUACAAUUGUCAAACAUUAUGCCGAUCGUCGGAAUAAAGAUGCUACUCAGAAAGUAAAGGAUUUUCAAAGAGCAAUUUCAAAAUUUGUUAUCUAUACAGGUCAGGGUGAUACAAAUGUGAUAACAUCAAUAUUAGCUGCCUACACACAAUUAGGUGUCUAUGAUAAUCAUGUUAAAGAAUGCUUGGAUGAUCAAUUUCCAUUAGAAAUUCAAUAUCAUGCACUGAAUGUUAUCAAAAAUAUUGAUAUUCAAUAUAUGAAUGACAACGAAGGAACAAUGAUAAGUCGCGAUCUAAUUGAUACAUUAACGAAAAAAUUACAAAAUAAAUCAAAUACUAAUGCUGUUCGUAUCUGGUCAUUUCAUUCAUUAUUCACGUCAUUUUUCUAUAAUCCAAACGAAACGCCGGAUAUUGCUGAUAAACUUGAACAGACAAUAGUUACCAUUCUAAAAGAACCAUUAAAUCAGGUGAAUGGUUUCAUAUGGUCAAAAUUGAAAUAUUCGUCAAUCGAUCGUCUUUCUCCAUUACGUGGCAUUGCUGCUCGCCUUCGUCAACAUGCACCACGUCAACAAUAUUCACAAAUGGGCACGUUUACAUCACGUAAAAUAGAACUCAGUUUACCAGUAGGACGUGAAUUUAUAAUAAAAAUUCAUUUACAAAUUGUAUUUGAAAAUAAUCGUAUAGCACCAUCAUUUAUAUCAACAAAAAUCUAUUUCUAUGGUAUUAAACAUGAUACAUCUCGUAUACCAUGGAUUGAUUUUGCUGUGAUCAUUGAAAAUCUCGAUUGGAAUUUAGCUGAUUAUUUUUUAAAAUUAGAUCCAUUAAUGAAAAAUUCAAAUCCGGAUGAUAAAGAAAAAACAAAAGAUAAUUUAUCUGAUAAUUUGAAAACUAUCCAAGAGAAUCGUGAUCAACAAGAUGAAGAUCCUGAUCCAUCUGUUCAUUUGUAUUUAAAAUUUUUUGGUUCAGAUUUACGUAUCAGAGAUAUCACAGAUAAAGUUCAGGAUGCAUUGAGAACAAAUUUACAAUCAUUUUUAAAAAAUCAGUUAAUGAACAGUAUGAAAGAUUUAGCUAGUGAAAAACCAUUGUUUCGAAUACCGUUGGAAAUUGGUGCAGCCGUUGGUACGUCAAAUGGUCUGACACUUCAUAAAUCAUGUCAAAUUGGAUUUCUCGGUAAUUUGUCAUUUAAUUUACAAGAUAACCGUGAUAAAAAUAAUAUUGGUAAAUUUGCAUUAACUAAUAAUGGAGUAUUCAGUUUCGCGCUAACAUGUCAGCGUGAAGUCGCAAUAUCAUGGUCAACUAUUGGUGAAACGAUGAAUUUUGCCAGUUUAUCAAGUAUACCGUUUGAAUAUCAAUAUCAAAGAACAAAAAAUGGUCGAUUAAGAGAAUUUAAUCUUAUUAAUACAGAAUCGAUACUUCUUUCAUCGGAUUUUGAUUAUGCCGUUCGUACAUCAAAAGGUCUCAAACAUCUUAGUAAUCCGCACGUCACGCCAUCCGAUUCAUUAUGUUUACCAACUACCAUUUAUCGUAUUAUUGGAGCGAAUAUUUGUUUGAAAUUAAAUCCAUUCAAAACAAUAAACCUAGGAAAUAUUGUUUUUCCGUUUCACAUUCAAAUCCGUAAAGAUCCAUCCAUAAAAGUUUGGCGAGUAGCUUGGCGUAUAAAUGAAGAUGAUAGUCCACAGUACGAAAUUGGUUUAGAAAAAGUGGGUGCCUCAACAUAUCCUGGCCUGGGGAUUUCUGCAAAGAAAACUGACAAUAAUUUUGAUAUUGAAGUUUUAACAGGAAUGAAAUUAUUUCAUAUCAAGGGUACACAGAAUGAAAAUAAGUUCAAUGGAAAAGUAUACGAUGAUAAAAAUAAAGAAGUCAUGGAUGCUAGUGGAACAUUGACUACUGAUAACGAUGAAUUGAAAAUGGAAGUUAAAUUGAUCGAUAAUCAAAGUAAAAAAGAAAUAUUAAUAUUAAUAAUGGAUUUAAAUAUAUCGAAAAAACAACAAAUCAAGGCUGAUAUUAGACUUAGUACAGUUGAUCAAAAAAAAACAUUCAGUAUUACAUUUGAUGGUGACUUCUAUAAACCUGACUCAAAACUAUUUCAUUUGAGUGGUGGUUUCAAUUUACCUGAUAUUAGUUAUGAGGGAAAAUUUCAUAUACAAAAUAAUACAAAUUUCACAAGAAUUGAAUUAAAACGUACAAUUAAAUUUAAGAAAACUGAUGGUAGUGUAUCCGGCUAUGAUUUUGUUUAUAAUCGUAGAAAACCAAAACAAGACAAAAUACAACGUGAACAUGAUAUUCAAUCACAUCUCUCAUGGAGAUUACCACAAAACGAACAUCCUGUAAAAGUGUACGAUUUAAAUUGUAACAUAAAACGUACGUUAGACAAUCAGAAUUUUACCAUUAAUAGUGCAUUAGAAUUCACAUUGCUUACACGUCAGCCACUCAUUACUGAACAAAUAGAAUUUGAUUAUGUUCGACGACUUUCAUCAAGUCAAAAUCAACACCUUGUAUCACCUCAAGCCGAUUUGAAAGUCAAAUUGAAAACAAAAUCAAAAACGUUAGGCUUUGUGAUUGAUCAUCAUCAUAAAAUAGAUAAACAAUCAGGAAACAACGAUAAUAGUAUUCAGUUGCCCAAAUUAGAAGUUCAUAAUAAAAUUCAUGUAGAGAUUGAUACAAACAAGUUGUUUCCACAUACACUAUGUCCAAUUGAUCUAAAUGUGUUAUCCCAUUUUAAUUGUCAAUUUUUUAAUGAACCAACGUUAAAUUACACAUUUAAAUAUGUCAAUAAACAAACACAACGUGAUGCUGAAUUAGUCUAUAAAGUGAAUGAAGUCACAAUGGGUGAUAUAUUUAUCGGUACAAGUUCAACCAAUCUUAAUUGGAAUUCAAAGAAAGAUCAGAUAACAACACAAGACACAUUUUUACUAUGCACAAACCCAAAACUGUUUAUAACUCAUUCGGAUAUUAAUACAACUUGGGACAAAGAUAGUUUACAAUUAGAUUUUGAAGUAUAUCCAAAUCGUUCUCCACAACAACAUAAAAUAGUGACGAGACGUCGUAAAUCAACAAGCAAGUCAAAUGGAGCUGAUUUUAAUUUAACAUUAACAACAAAACGAACAAGUGGUUUUCAAUAUCUUGAUAUCAAUGGUAUAUUUUAUUUAUCACAAAAAAAUAUUGAUAUUAAAAAAUUUAUUGCAUGGAAAGUGAAUAAUACAUUGAAAGAAAUUGAUUUAAACGUUGAUAUUAAUUUUGAUCCAUCUCGACGUUUAUUUGAAUCACAUACUGAGCUACUAUUGCCAAUAGAACGUAUACCACUAAUAUCAAACAAUAUUCAAAUUGAACAAAAUUCACAAGGACAAUUAAAUCGAUUUACAUCAAAAACAAAUGCUCAGCCGUUAUUUUCACAUGAUUUGACCAUUGGUGUUAUGAGAGAAACAAAUAAAUCACCAUACGUUAUGGCUGAUAAUAUUGUCAUUUAUCAACAUAAUGACGAUGAUUAUGUACAACAUUUUGAUUUUGCAUUUCAACGAUGGACAACCGUAAGAUCAUGUGGUAAAUUGAGACAAAAUGACGAUCUUUUAUUUUCGCAUGAUAUUGGAUAUGAGUUUUCAAAGAAAACAAAGCGCAUUGCUCUCUCUCUUGAGUCACCAAUGUUAACAAAAUCAAACGGUUUAACAGCGAUUGGUGAAUUAACAAUCGAUAAACAAACUCGUGUGGGAAAAUUAAACUUACCAAAGGAAUUUGGAGUGCAUUUCGAAUUGGGUACACCGUUAACGAAUAAGGCAGCACUAAAAUUUAAAUAUGAUUUAUUAGGUGCAUUAAGAUCAAAUACAAGUGUCGAUGGUAAAAUUUCAUUCGAAUUGUCUUUACAGCGUGGUCGAUCAUUUAGUUUUGAUUGGGAAUCAAGUGGCUCAUGGAGUAAAGCAUUGAAUAUUCUCAGUUCAGUCAAUAUCGGUGACAAUACAUCAGUAACCGCCUUGAUUUCUGCACAAUACUCACCAUUCGAUACUAGUCAGCUAGUAACAAAAAUAAACGGUCGUUACUUUGGUCAAAUAUUUGAAAAAUCAUUAAAUAUUCUAGUCAAACAACAUGAAAUUAGUGUUAAAGGUGAAUUUAAAAUGCCAAAUAAUACCAAUAGAUCGUUUUUUAGAUACAACAUCGGUACGACGUAUAAUGAUAAUAAAUUAAUUGCCCAUAUCGAACGAACGGAUAUACAACAAACAAUUGUUGCUAAUAUCACAACUAAAACAUGUGCUGGCGAAAGAAAAGACUCUAGAAAAUGCUAUUCGGGUGACGUUGUUGUCAAAUCGACGAUUGAUCAACAAGGUAAAAUAGGUACAUUCGAUAUUAAUUGGAUUAAAUCCUCGUUGAAAUGGAAUAUGAAUGUUCCAGAUUUGAUUACCAUGAAAUUUGAUCAUUCUCAUACUGGAAAAUGGAGAGCAGAUGACUUUACAUUUAAAACAAUCAUUGAUGUAAACAUGUUACGUGCUGAUGAUAGAAAACAUUUUCAUUAUAUUGGUUCAGCGAUAAAGGACGAUGGAACAUGGAAUAUGAUAUCGCACAAAACACACGUCAGUGAUAAAAACACCACUGAAAAAUUGAUAAAUUUUAAAUUUGAUUUUAAAUCGGAUAUUAUUGAUAAACGUGCUGGUGACGAGCAAACAACGUUAAAUUUCGAUUUAGAGCGUAACGGUACAAAAUUAAUUGACUGGUCAAGUAGAUCGAUCAGUUGUUCAUCCCGAGAUCCAGCAAAAGUUAUCUAUGGUAUCUGUCAAAUGACAACAUUUGAUUUGAAAGCAAAUAGUCAGUUAAUUCGAGAUAUUCGUAAACGAUUAAUGUUUCCUGAUGAUCCAAAAAUAGACAGUGUCAUAAUCGUCAAUUAUGAUGGUACAGUGAAAUUGGAUUUGAAACAUGAUAAAGAUCUUGGUCCACAUACACUAAUAUUGGAUUUAAAUCGAUUAAAAGAAGAUACCAUUGAUUUUAAUUUAUCCGUUCAACCCCAAACAGAUUCACAACCAUUGGCUAUUAAAAUAAUAGGUAAAGUACUAGAUAAUGAUCCAAUAUCAAUCAAAUAUGAUCAAAUAAGUAAAACUAACAUAUUCUACAAUAGUACACUGAAAUAUUCAUUUAAUACCAACGAUAAAAAUGCUGAAAAAUCAUACAUAUGUACCGUAGAAAAACCAGAUGACAAAGUGUUGAAUAUCAAUUGCAUAGGUGAACGAACAAAAUUAACAAUUGAUCAUGAUCAACUUAAACGAAUUUUAAACGUUUAUAUCGAUCUGAAUAAGUAUGAAGAUGAACGAGUGGGUUUUAAAUUUAUGAUAAAUCCAAAAACAAAUCAGAUCGAUAUGACAUUGUAUACUUUUGUAAAUACAUGGUUAUUACAACAACAAUCAGAAAAAUUAACAACAAUCACCGUUAAACAAAAAGGAAAAGAAGUUUAUCGUGUUGAAGGAACAAGAGUAAAUAAUGAAGAAAUACAAGUUAAAUUCUUACCAAAAAAUAUUAAUUUAAAAUUAACAUGGAAUAAUUUAACAACGAUUUUGUUACACCAAACACAACCACAACAACAUAAUUUAUUAUCAAUAUCAUUUGACAGAAAAACACUAAAACAUUAUUUACCAAAUUUACAUAAUCGUAACAUACCCAAUUUGGAUAUUGAUCAACAAUCACAAACAAAAAUAUUCAAUCGUUCACUAAUCGAAGUCAUUGUUGAACCAGUAACUAUCGUACGUUUAUCACAAGCAACAGAAAAAUUUGGUGCACACCAUGGAAAAGGUUUAGAUACAAUUAAAAAACGUUUUAAUUUAGAAUUUGGUAAUCAAUUAUUAACACUGUAUAAUUCACAACAUUGGAAAACACAUUAUGAUGAUGUAUCAUUUCCCGAAAGUUAUACAAUACAAUUAUAUAGUAAUAAAAAUAAUAAUUUUAUACAAUUGAGUACAAAAAAAUGGGCUGAAACACGUUUUAUCAAUGAAAUUGGACAUAGUAUCAAUGGUAGUAAAACAUUGACAACUGAUUUGAGUUUAGUUCAAGAUUAUGCACAUAAAGUGGGAGCAUUGUACUUUUUUCAUUCGAACAGUAGUAGAAAUGUUAUAACAGCCAAAGAAUUACAUAAUCAAAUUCGAUCUUAUUUUAUCGAGGAAUUUAAAGAUGUUCGAACUAGUAAUCUCGUACAAUUGACAAGCGAUAUUCGCAAAUCACUUUGCGAUAUUAUACAAGUAGAUUAUGCUGCUGUGAAACAAAUUGUACAAGAUUGGAAUGAAGAAUCAGAAAAAAGCGUAUUGCGGCGAUUGAGUGAAAGUGUUGGAUUAAUAGAAUUUUUUAAAAAAUAUUCUACAUAUAAAGAAUUUAGUGAUAAUAUUGUGAAAGCGAUACGAGAACGUUAUCAAGAAUGUCAUGAAGGUUUGAAACAAAUGAUUCACUCGUUGGGCAUUAUUCAACGAGUGUAUAAUUUAUCCACGAGAUUAAAUCAAGAGCGUAAUAAAUUAGUCGAAAGAUUAUCCACACAUUUAGAAGGUGUAUUAAAUCGAACUAUGCCUAUGGUAGAUGAAGUAAAAGUCGAUCAACGAAUUGAACAGAUAGUUCAAAAUCUUCUACAAGGAUUUCAAGAUGUUAUUCAACGAUCAAAUGAUCAAUGGAAAACAAUAUUUAAACAAAUUGAUGAGGCUACAAAAGAUGAAGAUAUGAAAUGGUUUCGACAAUUAAUUAUCGAUAUUGAUUCAACGAACAUAAGCACAGCUAUGGAUUUUGAAUCGAAUGAAAUGUUUAAACGAUUGAACGAUUCAUCCAAAUUGUUCACCAGUAAUAUAUUGAAAUUAUUUAGGAGAAUGAGAGACAGGCGAGAACAACUUAGAAAUCUUCUAAGAAAUGCUGCUCGAUACGUACCGAAAUUGAUGAUAAAUGAAACGCAUUUUGAAGUAUCAGUUCCAUAUGGUAUUCGUCCAGGAACAUACAAUAGUUUACCAAUAUCCAUUGCUAGUGUAUUAAGUUUAGUAUCUAAUCGGAAACGCAUGAAUGAUACUGUUCCUGCUGUUAUAUUUGAAUUCUUUCAAUCACAAAGUGAAACUUUUCUUUCAUACAAAAAAUUCAUCAAAAGUAUUGCUAAACGUUUAUCUCAACGUAAUCCAUCAUUAACACCAGAACGCGUGGCUAUCAUAACCGCAACUGGCCAUGGCAUCGACUUACACGGUCACUAUAUCUAUUUGAAUCCAGUCUGUGAUUAUGUUUUAUUACAUGAUUUUACCGAUUUACAGUUUUCAUUCCGAUAUACUAAUGGAAAAGUAUAUACAGUUAUACCGGCUCAAGCAGAAAUACCGGAUCAUGAGUGCUCGAAAACCGAUCGUGUACAAGCUUGCUGUGAAAACGAUUAUUGUUCAAUCAAUGUUCCAAUUUAUUAUGGUGGACGGGCGGAUGGAGUACUAGGUGAUAUUCGAGACAGAAGUGACACCAAACCCAAUAUUACACAAUGGUUGGAUACAAAUUGCGACGGAAGAGAAGAAAUUCAAAAAAGUUCGAAAAAACCAAAAGGAGAAGCUUCACCAGUAUCGGAAUGUGAUAACGCUAAUGAUGUAUGCUACUAG